GCAUAUUACGCAUCUACUACGUGCUGCAACUACUGCAGGAAGCAGACGACAGAGAUUACGAACAUGUUUUCAUGAGUAGACGGAGCUUAUUUAGUAUUUCUUUGUAAUAAAAAAUGGCAGUUUGUGCAUUAUCAAAAGUCUUUCGACGACUCAGCAUUUUUAAGAAAGAUGACUUUCCCGUACGUUUCAUCACGACACAGACAAAGAUCAUUAGAGUUAUUCCAAGUUUAUUAAGUUCACUACAAAUACAAAAAUCACAUAAAAAAGUAACAGAUAAUCAUUUACUAUUUUCACCAAGAUCUGUUAGUCUGAACUUUGAUAUAACUAAAAAUGAACUGCCAUUACACAAAAUCAUUGAGUCUCCAAUGAUUUCAAAUUUUCAAAUUGAUGAACCUAUCAAAAAUGUUAUUGAAAAAAGUGAUAUAGUACCAAGUACAGUUAUUGAGGCACCUACACUGAACAUCAUUGAGAAAAAAGCUGAAAGAAUGAUAGUGAUAAGAAGAAAGAAAAUGAAGAAACAUAAAAAAAGGAAAUUUUUGAAAAGAAUGAAGUAUGUGCUUAGAAAGCAAGAACAGAGAAGGAAGGCUAAGGAAUAUAAAAUAUUCUAUGCAAAUCUACAAGAAAUGCAACGAACAGCUGAAGAGUUUGACCCAAAAAAAUAUGUUGCUGAGCGACUGCAUCUUCUUACAAGAGAAAGAUUGCCGAAUAAAUGGUAUGGAUGGUAUGCUCCAAAAGCUUUAAUAAAACAGUUUAUAAAAGAACGAGAAGAGGCAGAAGCAGUUAAACUGAGAAGGCGUACAUAUAAAUUAAAGGUUGAUUGAGUAAUAAUAAUUGUUUCAUUGUACAUUGGAAAUUCUUUUUAAUAGAGCAAUAAAUAUUUAUACUAUUAUAUAGCAUUUAGUACAUUAAUAUAUUUAACGAAAUCACAUAAUUUAGUUUGUUGUGAUAUAGAUAACCUGAUUUUAUUUGAUUUAACAAAAUACUAAAUUUUUAUUUUUAUGUUUUAUAUGGAAUGCUUAUUUUUUUAGUAAAACUUGUUACUAUUCUCAUAUGCAUAUCUGACAU